AAAUGUGAGUAGAAUUGCAGUCAUAUUAAUGAAGGACGGAUGCUGGGGGUUGUCACUUACCUAAAGUUUCAACAACCAGUCAGACACUGUAUUAAAUAAUAAAGGAAAAUUAAGUGGUUACAAUCGCAAAUUAUAUAUCAUCUCAAAAAUGGGUUCAUAAAUUAGUUUGGUCAGUCGGGCUUUUCUAAGAGACCAUGGAAGACUCCAUGGAAGAUAGGCUUUUGGGAUCAGAAGAAUACAACACUACUGCUACUAAUGAUCUAAAAACCAGAAUUUGGACAGAGUCAAAGAAGAUAUGGAGAGUUGCAUUUCCGGGAAUGGUGGCUAGAGUCACUUCUUUCGGACUCCUAGUAGUAACACAAGUGUUUCUCGGCCGCAUUGGCGAGUUAGAGCUUGCUGCCUAUGCAAUUGAACAAACAAUCUUUCUUCGAUUCAUAAACGGAAUACUGAUUGGCAUGUCAAGCGCAACAGAAACAUUAUGCGGACAAGCAUUUGGCGCAGAACAAUAUCAUAUGCUUGGUAUAUAUCUGCAAAGAUCAUGGAUUGUUGAUGGUAUAAUCGCGACCGUUCUUCUUCCUCUCUUCAUCUUCACCGCACCAAUCCUUAUCCUAAUUGGUCAAGAGAAGGAUAUAUCACUAAUAGCAGGAAAAAUCUCGCUAUGGUUCAUACCAUUUAUUUAUUACUUUGUGUUUAGCUUGACUAUGCAAAUGUACUUACAAGCCCAGAUGAAGAACAUGAUCGUUGGAUGGGUUUCUGCUAUAUGCUUUGCAAUUCAUGUGCCCUUGAGUUGGUUUUUGGUUACCAAGCUUGAGUUGGGGAUUAAUGGCGCAAUGGGUGCUGUGAACAUUUCUGGUUGGUUAACAGUUAUCGGACUAUUUGUUUAUGUUUUUGGAGGAUGGUGCCCUGAUACAUGGAAAGGGUUCACUUUCGCUGCUUUCACCGAUAUCUUGCCGGUCGUCAAGCUCUCCAUUUCCUCGGGCAUCAUGAUUUGCUUAGAGUUAUGGUACAAUUCUAUUCUCUUAGUCUUAGCUGGAUACUUGAAGAAUGCAACCACUGCAAUCUCAGCUUUCUCCAUUUGCCUCAAUAUCAAUGCAUGGGAAUUUAUGAUAUCUCUUGCAUUCUUAGGAGCUGCAAGUGUACGAGUUUCAAAUGAAUUGGGGAGAGGAAAUGCUACGGCUGCAAAAUUUUCAAUCAGAGUCAUUCUAUGCACUUCAACCUUGAUUGGAUUAGUGUUCUUCAUUUUGUGCUUGGUGUUCGAUAGACAAAUUUCAUACAUCUUCACUACUAGUGAGGAAGUUGCAGAUACCGUCUCAGAUCUCUCUCCGCUGCUUGCUUUCUCAAUUUUACUCAACAGCAUUCAGCCUGUAUUAUCUGGAGUAGCUAUUGGUGCAGGUCUACAAAAUAUGGUUGCAAUUGUUAACUUGGGUUGCUACUAUGUGAUUGGGAUACCUGUAGGAUUUUUGCUUGGAUAUGUGGCUGAUCUUCAAGUCAAGGGCUUGUGGAUUGGAUUGUUGAGUGGAGUGGCCAUGCAAACAUUUAUACUCUCCUUUCUUAUUUGGAAGACUGAUUGGAAUGAGCAGGUAAACAAGGCAUCAGAGCGUCUCGACCGGUGGUUAUUGGAUCAAUCAAAAGAUUCUAAAGACAUUAAUAAUGAUUGAUGUAAAUUUUAUAAUACUCCUCAUGUCUAUACCAAUAUGUGUCGUAUUUGUACUUUUUUCAUCCUUUAAGAAACUAUUUAAUUUAUCUAAUUUGUAAUAAAUUAUUAAGUAAAUCGACUAUAUUAUCAUUAUAA